AUGUUUAAUACUUCCAUUUAUAUAAUAUUGCUUUGUAAAUAAAAUUGAAUGUCGGGGUGCUUUCACAUUUUCAAGCGUGAUAAAAUUACUAAUAAAGAUAGUUUUAUAACAAUUAAGAAUGGCGACAAUAAAAGUAAAUCCAUCAACUUCGCCUUCUGUUGAAUUAAGUUCGUACCGCGAUCAACAUUUUAAGGGUUCGAGAGCUGAACAGGAUAGACUCUUGAGAAAUUCUACGACUUUAUACGUUGGAAAUUUAUCCUUUUAUACUACGGAAGAACAAAUAUACGAAUUAUUUUCAAAAUGUGGCGAUAUUAGAAGAAUAAUAAUGGGAUUGGAUAAAUAUAAAAAGACACCUUGUGGUUUCUGUUUCGUCGAAUAUUAUCAAAGGAUUGAUGCGGAAAACUGCAUGAGAUAUAUUAAUGGCACACGCUUAGAUGACAGAAUCAUUAGAACAGAUUGGGACGCUGGUUUUAUUGAAGGCAGGCAAUAUGGAAGGGGUAAAACUGGAGGACAAGUAAGAGACGAAUACAGAUCGGACUUUGACAGUGGAAGAGGAGGCUAUGGUAAAAUAAUACAACAAAAAGUAACUCCACUUUCAGAUGGAGCUUUUGGACGUUAAAAUUGUAUGUAAUCAACACGUGUGUGGCGAACAUACAUACGUAUAUUAAGGCUGGCGUUACUGUAUUGCAUAUUAAUUGGAAUCAAAAGGUGACACAUUUCUAUCGUUUUAACGUAAUAAUCAAUUAAUUUAACUAAUUUAACUCAAAAUUGACUAUAAUAACAAUUAUAUUUUUCAUCAUUUUUGUUUAU